AUGGUGGCAGGAGGAUCAGAUGAUAGUGUGUACAGACAAUCACAGCUGCUCAGAGACCAGGGUGUUACAGUGAUUACAGUCGGGUUUGAUAACGCAGACCCCAUGGAAAUGCAGAUCAUCGCCACGAAGCCCUCUCUGUCCAAGACAAUGGGGAACACUGACCAGAUAAUUCAAGACAUCAGGACUAAUGUUGAAACAUCAGGAGAACUAAAUGUUGCCAACGAAUGCGAACAGUCCACGGUGUCAGAUAUUGUAUUCAUUGUGGACCAAUCCAUCACAACAGAAAAUGAAGAAUUUCAGAUUGUUCAGAACUUCAUUUACAACAUUGUAGCUGGUCUGGACAUCAGUUCAAACAAAGUUAGAGUGGGCGUAGUGCUAUAUGGUGAUGAACCCAAAGCUGAAAUAUACUUGAACACCCAUAGGAAUAAAGAGAACAUCCUUCAUCACAUCAAGAAACUUCCUUAUGUGAACACAACCACUGCAGACACUAGGAAGGCUCUGCUCUUUGUGAAGAGAGACGUGCUCACCACCAAGAGAGGAAGUUGUUUUAAAACAGAACAAGCAGAUCUGUAUUUCUUAGUUGAUCAGUCUGGAAGCAUUUUACCAUUUGAAUUCCAGUUGAUGAAAAAGUUUAUUCAAGAUUUUUUGAAUGUUUUUCAAAUUGGACCCAACCAGGUCCGUGUAGGUCUGGUGAAAUUUUCGGACACAGCAAAAAUCCAGUUCAAUCUUGUGGAUACCACAGAUAAGGCCGCAAUUGAACAUACAGUUCAAGGCCUUUUUUUGGAAGGGGGAGGUACAUACAUGGGUGAAGCGCUACAGAUAAUUCAAAAACUAUUUCAACAAGCAAAAGAGAACCGAACAGAUCCAGACAUACCAAGGAUACUGAUCAUAAUCACUGAUGGAGAAUCAACUGAUGAAGUAGCAAAACCUGCUGCAGAGCUGCGUGACCAAGGAGUCGAUAUCUAUGCUAUCGGUGUGAAAGGUGCAAAGGAAAGCGAACUGCUGGAGAUCUCUUCUUGUAAGGAUGUGAGAGCAGAUGUCAUCGCACUAGUGGAAUCUUCGGCCAUGAUUUCGCCAGCAGACUUUCAUAACAUGACACACUUCAUCAAGUUCCUGAUGGAUCAGUUUGAGCUUGGGCCUGAUGCGGUGCGAAUGGGCCUGGUGCAGUACGGCACAGAGCCAAAGCUACAGUUCCAGCUCAGCGGUGACAACAAGCACGACAUGAUAACGAAAAUCGACGCCAGCAUGGUUGAAGUGGGAGGCGGCACUGCGGAGACUGGCAAAGCACUCCGAUACGUUUCGCAGCUUUUUGACCCUUCGAAGGGAUUGGGCGGCCGUCCUGGCGUCCCACACAUCCUGGUCGUCGUAUCUCAGGGUAGGGCGACGGAUGCCGCUGCUGCCGCUGAUGUCGCUGAUGCUGCGGAGAUGUUAAAGGGGGAAGGAGUCCUCAUCUAUGCUGUUGGCAUCAGCAGUGAAGAAAACAGUGAAGAUACGUUCAUACUGGGUAGUGGUGUCUCCAACAAGCGCUUUUUACUGGAGGACUUCAGUGAGCUUCAGGCAAA